UCUUCCCCUCUCUCUGCACUCUGGCUCUCAUGAUAAAUACAAGGGGAGCUGAAGGGGGACAAACAGAAUACUGUAGGGAAAGAAGAGUGGAAUCCCCCAUAACGCUCACCAAAACCUUAGAGGAUAGGAACAGAGAAGUCCUGAGUUCCAAAUAUUUGAUCGCUCCUUUUGUUCACUUCAUGGAAACCCAGGCAGAGACUAUACCACCAUCACAAUUGAUAGCUAAAAGUUCCUCCUCUAGGUUCAGAAGGGUGUGUGUCUUCUGUGGCAGUAGCCCUGGAAAGAAGCCCAGCUACCAGCUUUCUGCCAUCCAGCUCGGCCAUGAACUGGUGGAGAGGAACAUAGACUUGGUUUAUGGUGGGGGAAGUGUUGGUCUCAUGGGCCUUGUCUCCCAAGCGGUCUAUGAUGGUGGCCGUCAUGUUUUGGGGGUCUCUCCCUCCCUC